UGUCAAUUCGUAAUUGUAUUUUACGAUUGACGAAUGUGAAAAUAAUAUAGAAAAUAUUCAUUUACAUGGUAAAAUUGAGUUUUGUAGGGAUUACGUGACCUGUUUUUUUAUCGUAUGUUUGACAAAAGGGUAUCAAAGGUUACAAUAUGUUGUUUUCUGUUUAUCUGCAUACAAUCUACGGGAUAUUCAGCUCAAUCUCAAGAUCAGACGAGUUCUAGAACGAACACUCUAUUCGACGAUGCAGAUGACAUACAAAGGCAGCUCGAUAACGAGGCUAGGGACCGGAUCAAGUUCGGACGAGUAAGUUUUAUCGCAAACAAAGGAAGAAGGAUGCAUGUGUUUAAUUCGUUGCAGCCGAAAACUAUUUGGGUGUUUCAUUUUCCGACGCACUAUCCCGAUCAUAAUUCGAUUAUGAACCACGUUGAACAACAGGUUGUGAGGUAUCCUCGAGAAUAUUCAGCAGCGGAAAAGAAAACUGACGAUGAAGACUACGACGAAUCGAUGAUAACACCACCGUUGCCAGCAAGUUCGGAGUGGGAUUACAAUAAUCAAGCGAAAUGGAUAAAACACUUUCCUGAUUGUGGAGGAAAAUCUCAGUCUCCGGUUGACCUGCCAAUAACAGGUCUCAUCAAAGCAAGAGGAGCACGGAAUCUGCUCUUCCAGAAUUAUGAUGUUGAACCAAAAAGUAUGCUUUUGGAAAAUGAUGGCAAAAGAGUGGUCCUUUCGGGCGAAUGGAAGAGCGAACAGCGACCUCUAAUAUACGGCGGGGCAGCUCACAGCCGCCGCUACCUGUUCCACUCCAUGGCCCUCCACCUACCCUCAGAGCACACGGUAGGGGGGCUGCAGUACCCGCUGGAGAGCCAAGCUCUAUACGUGUCAGCUGAGUACAAGGGCGUUGAAGAAGCAUUGGAAGCCUCACCCAGCGAUCCUCAAGCGUUUCUUGCAGUUGCAAAUUUGUAUAAGUAUUCAAACCACACACACAAAGGAAUAGAAGAGAUUCUAUCAUCAGCGAAAAGCCUUAGUAAUAACAGCAAGAAUGUCAGCCUAUCAGCAAAAUGCCUCAGUCAUUUCAACCCGCCUUUCAAGGAAUACGCUUGCUACCAGGGAUCGAUGACCGUGCCUCCAUGCACCGAGUCAGUGCUGUGGCUUAUCAGGGGUAGAGCACUCUCUAUAAUGCGGGAAACGGUAGAAGCAGCCCAAAGUCUAAUGGUUGCCGAAGGAGACCCAAAACACUUGUUCUUCAGAAAUGCUCAACCAUUGAACGAUAGAAAAGUGUUUCUUUUUAACUAAUGUAAAAACGUGUUAUCUAAUACAAGGAUAUCAUCACUGUAAA